GCAGUGGUAUUGACGAAACAGUUAGUGAUGCUUCUGGCUGUGAUUCUUGGCUUGGUUAUGAGGGAGUAGAACAUUUGAAGCGUCAAUCUGAAUGUAAAAAGGUUGUUCCUUACGGUACACUUUUUGAGGAACCUCUUUACUGUGAAGUGUGUCAUGGGAAGGUUUUGAAUGGUCAUGUUCCUGAAUCUCGAUUAUUGUCAAACUAUUUAGAUCAUAAGCAAGAUUCAUUAUCUUAUAGGGAAACGGCAAACAAUUUUUUAUAUGAUAACCGUGAGCUAAACCACGCUUUGGAAAAGAUCCCGAAAAAUGGGAAGAUCGAUGGACUUCCUGACAACGGAACAGUUUAUCCCCAUCUACAAAAAAAUUGGCAUGAAGACGAAUCGUUUUUGAAGCGAGUUGUGGCUGAGUAUUUCUUGGAUCCUCUCUCAGACUCAGAUGAUGAAGACAGUUCCUCUCCAAACGAAAGUAGCACGUUAAGUGAAGGUAGUAAUGGCAUCGAUAACAUAAGCGAACUGGACGAUGCCUCUGAUUUAGUUGAUGGUGAUAUUACUGUUCGUAAGUCAGAAGAAAGCAUCAUCAAGUCGGUAGAAAAAUGUAAAAAUUUACCUCUUUCUUUGGACAAUAGUUUGGAGGAAAGUGUGAAUUGCGAUCCAAAUGAGACUUUAAGUUCUGUCUUCUCUGAUGAUUCAUUGGGUUAUUACGGGGAUACUGAUGAUGUAAAACAUGCCAAAUCUAUUGACAUUGGUGCUGAUAGUUUCGAGUACAACUUUCAAACUAACGAAGCUUUUCUCUGUAAAGGGAACAAUGUUAGCCAUGAUUCGAUACAUGAAAACAACUCGACCCGAGGUGCUAAGUCCAUGGACAGAAACGAUUCUGGUGAAGGCGCCGAGUCAAGUGUGGCAGAAGUGUCUCCUCCAUUAGUUCUGACAGAAUUGAGGGAGUCGGCUAGAGUGACCGAAAUAACCCGAAGCGAAGGUGCAGAAGUUGGUGGGGAGUGGAGCGUAGAUGGCACCCCCGCUGCUGCUGCUGGUGCUGGCGUUGUUUCUUCACGCUGCUCCAAUGCUCCUGUAGCAGAUCUUGGCCACCACCAGUGUGGCGCUGGGAACAGCCCUGUAGAGGACCAUCUGUCGUCUGCUCGAUCUCAUUCUCAAUCUGAUAAUGAUUGUUUCAACGAGAAACAUAAUUUGGGCGUCGGUAUCCAAUUCGUUAAGCCGUUGAAGCUAGAGAAAUUUAGUGGAUCUGUGUACAUGACACGUGAUCAGUCUUCUAAGUCUAUUAAUGAGGAAUGUGACUCACUCAUUGAGGAAUCUGCCAAAUUCCAUAAACCAGAUAUUUUGGAUUCUGAAAAGAACGAUUGCACGUCAUUUGAAGAACGAGUGGUAAGUCAAGGUUUGGUCAUCGAGAGAUCAUAUGCUGCUCACACUCCAGCAAAAUUUGAUCUCCUCUCCGCCAUCAAUAGUUUACGAAGCCUUCAAAGUGAUGACUCGAUGAAUUCGAGCGUUUUAUCCGACUCAGUGUUUGAAACGUCUCGUGAAAGCGAACAGGAUAUGGAAAAUACUAUGUUCAGGCCAAACUUAUCUGGGUCAUACCGUCCAUCUACGUACGGAAGUUCAACAGCAAAAGAAAGCGAACGAGCGAUUAAUUCUGAGUGGCCAUCUUACUGUGAAGUCUAUAGUCACAUCCCUCGCAAAGUUGAUGAAGUUUCCGUGACGUCACCAAAAGUCAAUGCGAGUCGUGCUGCUUGUUCUUUGAACGAUUUUCCUGCGCAGGAUGACAAGUAUGAAUCCUAUGAAUUUUCGCCGUCCCCGGCCACAAAUUCGAAUGAAUCUUUCCCAGUUUUGUCUGCAUGUGGUAACCAUUCAAAUUUUAGUUCAAAUUUCGCGACAUUGGCAGAUUCUAACACCGAUGAACUGAAAAAUUCGAAUGACGCUUCAUGCCUGAAGCCUGGUCGGAAGCGUUUCGCUAAAGCUUUCCAACGUGCCGUGCUUCAUGUGCCUGCCACUGCCUCUCUAUCUUCAUCUUUUCCGACACCUAAUAAAACAGUCAAGACGGAGCUUAUUAUUGACCCUCUCUUUGCUAGCUCUCAAGCCGAUAAGCCUGCAUCCAAUGUUACUUGUAUAUCCGAGUACCGUAUCGGAGACGCUCCUGCUACGUCUGUUGAAGCCCGUCUUUUGUCCUCGAACAAAGUUGGAAGCUUCGACGCGUCAAGUUCCGAUAAUGAGGUUAAGAAGCCAUCUAAACACAAGAAGCACAAAAAAUCUAAACCUCGAAAAUACUUCUCCGGUAUUUUAGAUGCUAUCGGCAGUGCUGCGCCCAUCUUCAGAAACAGCUUCUCCGGCAGCUCGAUUGAAAAUGACCACACUUACACAGAUUCGAGUUCGAAUUCCUCAGACCAGAAGAAAGAUGGUGUAGGUUACUCAGCGAGUGAAAGGAAAGAAGUACUAAAGCCUGACACAAACAAGAGAUUACCAUUGAAUAAAGCGCACAACGUCCCCUCAGUUACUUUAGUCAAACGGUCUUCAUCACCUCGACUGAGAGGCUCUCCCGUAAAUAACUUCGCGAACAGCGUGGGUGCCCAUGACCAUUGGAGAGCAGCUUAUCUUGGUCACGUCGGCUGUGACUCAAGCAAGCCUUACUACGAUAAUCUCAACCACGUUGGCUGCAAAAAAUUUCCUCAUCAAGCUGACGUGUCUCGUUUCACCAGUCAACCUCGACCUUGCAUUAAAAAAAACUCCGAUGUAAGUUCGGAACAACGACAUAGUGUUGGUACGACUGAAGCUAUGUACGAGAACGUGAUUUUUCUUCCUAGUUCUAGAAAAAAACACGAAGUUACCGAAGAAGAACCUGAGACCGAUGAGAAUGAUAUUCGUUCACUGACUAACGUGACCACUACUGCCACAAUAACCCUGAAUGCUAGCGAUUUAUUGGAGUCUUCACUUUCUGUGCCGAUCAAAGAGUGUGAGAAUUCCGCCAAGUCAACUGCUGCUAUUAAGGCGGAUUUAUCUUGUAGGGAAGAGCCGAAAAAUGCUUGUGAUUUAAUUUACGAAGAUUGGUGCUCAGCCAUAGGGGAUGGAGAAGCAGCGGAUGAUGACAACGGCUCUGAACAAGGCCUAUCUUUCGACCAAAAAUCUGAGUCUGACGAGUCAAUUCAAUCAAAUUCUUCAUUUUAUUUUACAGCUGGCGCCAACACCAUUUACGAUGUUGUUAAGAAAGUAAGAACAAGCUUUGCAGACGAGUUUGAUUGUCCAGGUGCAGAAGAAUUGAGCGGCUCUAAUUCAUCAGAUGAAGUGACUUAUAAUACAACGUUACACGAGAGCGCAUGUGGAAAGACGGAAAGUGGAGAGCAUCGCGAGGAAACUUUUGGCGCCUGCAGCUCGGUGAGCAGCAAUGGCUCUGACCUAAUGGGACAGUUCAACGAGUUGCAUGAGAAGUAUUUUGGCAAAGCGGACGACCGCCCUGAAGCUCAAAACAAGAGCUUCGUGACUCCCAACGACGACGUAAGUUCUUCUUCGUCUGACGAUUCCCAAGAUGGCAUCGUUCGUGCAGUUCCAUGCGUUGUCUUGACCGAUUCUGACUCUGCCGAUUCGUUUCGAACUUCAGCAUGGAACGCUACCACAAGUUGCACUGUGCUUAAUUCAUGCCGAGCGAAUCAAAACUCGUCUGCAUCGUCGCAUUUUGAAACAUCAGAGCUUCUGUCUGAAACUAACCGUACAAAAGAAAAGACGGGUGUGAAUUCUGAAAGGGAAGGCGACUCUGUAAUUAGCGAGGAUCUUGACAAGAGACUGUCAGGCAUGUGGACUAAUGGAACUGGAGCUGACGCUGAUGAAGAGUCGGAGGGCGACAACAGUGAAUUGCACGGUUUCAGCAUACGAGCGCAUGUAUCGCCUUCCUUGGACAAGCGAACUUUCGAACCCCCUGAUAAUAUUUCCCACACGUUUUGUUCUGUAUCGCCCUCGUGGGACUCGAACAAUUGCGGCAAUUCAGACAACACUUCUUACCAAAGAUGUUUUCUUAAUGUCGAGGAACAUCCUCCUCAGUUCGCAUCGCCUUACUAUCAAAAUUCGGCUUACUAUGUUAAUAUUGGCGACGCUAUUCCCGGGAACGACAGUGCUGCGUUUGACUCGACUAGUUCAAGUCCACCGAGAGUUAGCACUUCUAGCGAACCUGAAAACGAUUUCGAAGAGAGAUUCGGUGAAAAACAUAGCAGUGGCAACGAUUUAUCUGCAAGUUUUGAUUCUCUUGACAGCGAAGCAGGGAAUCUAACUGAAAAUUUAUGCGAAUUUAUUAAUAGGAAAGUUAUUUCUAGUUCCAACAAACUAGAAGUUCCCGAGAACGAAGAUGUAAACUGGAGUCGACCGUACGUAGAUCCCUGUUCAGAAAAUCCUAAUCAAUGUUCGUUGCCGGAUGAUGUCAUCAUUUGCCUGAAUGGUAAGUGGAAAGUAUCAUCAUCUUCAGCACCAUCGACGCCAUGCUCCGAUGUUGCUUGCAACGCUACGGGAAAAACGACCUGCGCUUCGGUGCGUUCGAGCAGCCACCGCAGUUCCCGCUGCGGCAAACCGCCCGUAUCACCGGGCAGCCGACCACGCGACAGUGGUGGGGCAGCGUCAAGAUCCAGCAGCUUCAGAAGACGCUCGCGGUCUGCUUCUGCAGGCGCCAAGCUGCGUGGUGGUAACAAUUCCGCAUUGCGUCCCUCCUCCAUGGUCGGACGCCCCAGACCUUCGUCGCUGGCUGACAUGAUGCCUGGCGCCCAAACUCACAACAACUCGCAAGAGUCCCUGCAUUCGGUCUGCCUUAUACCUUCUGUUGAUGACUUCGCCCCUCGUCCUCAAUGGUUGGCGGAACGCAAGAAGGCUGAGGGCAACGAGGCUUACAGGAACAAAGAAUAUCGCGAUGCUCUACAGCACUACACGCAGGCUAUUGAGCUGUGCCCAGACUGUGCGGCGUACUACAGCAACAGGUCGGCGUGCUACAUGAUGCUCGGCAGGUACAGAGAUGCCCUCAACGACGCUCAGCACGCCGUCGCUCUCGACCAACACUUCGUCAAGGGUUGGAUCCGCGUGGGCAAGUGUCACGUGGCACUGGGUGACGGUGUGGUGGCACUAAGCGUGCUACGCCGCGCUCAGGACAUCGAGCCCAGCAACUCUACAGUGCAUCAGGAGAUCGCCUCUGCUCAGGCGCUCCUUACAUGCGUCAGGGAGAGCCAAGACGCUGCCACCAAGAGCGACUACAGAACUGCGGUGUUCCACUUGGACCAGGCUCUGCGCUACGCUCUGGGCGGUCUCGAGCUGCGCAUCACCAAAGCAGAGUACCUCACAUUCCUGGGACGCGCCUCCGAGGCUGAAGAUAUCGUCAAUGACAUUCUAGUGUCGGACAACAACCACGCGGACGCGCUGUACGUGCGGGGGCUGUGCCGCUACUACCAGGACAACCAGGACGCCGCCUUCCAGCACUUCCAGAAGGUCUUACGGCUCGUGCCUGACCACAACAAGGCCAAGGAAACUUACAAGCGGGCGAAGUUGCUGAACCAAAAGAAAGAAGAAGGUAACGCAGCGUUUAAAAUGGGCGACUUCGCUCGUGCUUAUGACAUUUACUCGGAGGCUCUCAAGAUCGACGUCCUCAAUAAGAACACCAACUCGAAACUUUAUUGCAACCGCGCCACAGUCGCUGCCAAGCUCGGGCGGUUAGAGCAAGCCAUCAGCGACUGCACGGCAGCGCUGCAGUUGGACGACAGUUACGUGAAGGCUUACCUACGACGCGCCAACACGUACCAGCAGACCGAGCAGUACGAGGAAGCCGUCAGGGACCUCGAGAAAGUCUACCGCAUGCAACGCAGUCAAGAGCACAAGCGGUUGCUGCACGAGGCCAAGACGCAGCUCAAGCGGUCCAAGCGCAAGGACUACUACAAGAUCCUGGGCGUCAGUAAAACUGCCUCUGACGAUGAGAUUAAGAAGGCUUACAGAAAAAUGGCUCUACUUCAUCACCCUGAUCGUCACUCGAGCGCAAGUGCGGCGGAGAAGGCUGAGCACGAGCGUAAGUUCAAGGAGCUCGGCGAGGCUUACGCCGUCCUCACCGACCCCAAGAAGCGCGGCAUGCACGACCGCGGCCAGGACGUCAACGAUCCUGACUGUGGCGGCUUCAGGGAUGCUGGUUUCGAUCCCAAUCAAGUUUUUGAAGCCUUCUUUGGCUCGGACUUUUUCGCAUCUCAAAGCCACCACUACUACGACCAAGGCCAAGCCCAGCACCAGCACCAACAACAACAACCGCAUUUUCAAAGCCAGUUCCAGGGGCCUCACCCAGGCUUCCAAGGGUUCCCUGGCGGCUUCCAGUAUGGCUUCUAGUACAAGCGAGACUGGAAAGUUGAUCAUACUGCUUCUGUUCGACGUACUCUCACGACUUUCUCAUUUUGUCAUUAGGGAUAAACUUAUUUUACUACUUGUGCAAAGUCAACAUUAUUCCAAGUGCCCGUUUUCUGUCUGGUUCAAUGAGCUACAUUCUGUCUAAAAAUUACACUAAAAUCAACGUCAAACCUGCUAUAACGCGCGUUCUAAUUUUAACACGGAGGUCAUUUUUAAAUAGAGCGGUGCCUUGACUUCUCUACUGGUCUACCUGAUAAUUAAUUGGUUUAAUCGUAGCACUGGACUUUCUUUAUGGGCCACAUUACAUCAUUCAUUACAUUACAACGCAGAUUCUUAUUAACCCAACUUAACAAAUCCGCUGUUAAUCGGUGAAAGUUAUCAUUGAAUGUUGUUAUUCGUGACUUGCACAUCGUCCCCAGCAUCUUCCUUUGUAUAUCACUCACCGCCUGAUACACGAGUCAAUGUAUUUCUUUACAUUUACGUUUUAUUUUUUCGUGUAAACUUCUUUGAAAGCUCUUUUUUAGAGUCUUUGUCUUGCUGUGUGCUGGUUUACCUGGAUAGAGAAUGGCGAUUAGUGAAGAAUCUUGUUUUAUACUCCAGAAUAAUUCCUACAAAUAAAUAAUUAAAUCACGGAUGUUUUAAAUAAAUACAUGACUACAGGUCACCUAGCUGUAGAACUGUUGAUACGUUGGGAGUGGGUUGCGUUAGGUUGGGUUGAUGAUGCAUGUACUUGAUAUAUAUAGCUCUGUUCUAGUGACGCAUGUAAAUAAUUAGAAUGAAGGCAAGGUUCGAGAUUAAGCGUUUGUUGUUGCGUUCAUCUCAUAAAAUUCAAAUAACCUUCUUUACAUGGAAAAAAAAAUUUCUUUGAAAAUUGUCAAAACAUCUCAAUUGUUUUCUGUUUCUCAAUGUUGACAAGCUCGAUAAUCGGAGAUUAAUUUUUGUCAAAAUGGAAUAAUUUUGCUGAGAAUCGAUUUGAGGAUGAUUUAAUACUCAGAAAUUACUUUUGGACUGCUGUCUUCAAUACAUUUAAAUUCUCUCCUUUGUUCGUUGAUUUAUCACACGCUUGUUAGAACAAUAACGUGGAAAUUGAAUGACUGACUCUAUAAUUAUGAUGGCUUCGUAGUAUUUAUGACAGAAGCGAACCUAGCGUUGUAACUCCCUUCAUGUUAAUUGUUCGGGUGAAUGGCAAUGUUUAAUCUUCUGUUGUUUAUUCAAUUGUUUUAAUAUUGUGUUGAGUCCUUUUCUGUUCGUUAUCUGCUAGUUGAAUUUAAGGGACGUGAAUUCAGGAUUAUUUAAUCUAAUCAAACUUCGAGGCGUCAAGUGUCUAUGUCUUCAUGGAUUGAAGUGAAGAUAUAUUAGUCUUCGUUCAACAUAACUCCCAUGAGCAGAUUCAGCAAAGACGUCAUCUAUCGUGCUAGAACGAACUAUCUUUGUCCUUUUCCAGUUUCAAUUGCGCUAAAAAGCAUGAAUGCGCUGACUAUAUAAAGUAUCUAAUAAGAAUUUAUUAAUUUAGAUUUUCAUGAAGGCUAAUGCAAAAGUUAGUGAGCUAUCGCGUUUUAUAUCGUGCUAGUAAUCAUUUCUUUCGUUCCUAGUCCGUAUAUGGGAUGACGAUAAUUGCUUUUUCCGUGGUACAUACAUGGAAUUAGCACAGAAUCUUUAAGUUGGUUAUACAUUAAUGUCCAAGGUGUGAAAAACGAUCGGGAAUUAAGUUGCAGCACCACCAAAAUUUUAGCUAACAUUUGACCUUGAAGGAUUUAAGUUAAAGAAUAUUCUGUGAAUAUGGAUUACCGACCAGAAGCUUCCACUGGACCAGAGAGUAUCUUGAGAUUUUAAAUACUUGGAUGUUUCUCAAAUACUCGCCUGCACGUAUGAUGUUUUGGCAAUUAAGUAUUACUGAAUAAAUAUGCCUAAACUAAACUAAACUAAAACUAAACUAAAAUAUGCACCAAUUCACCGACUAAUUUAAACUUUUUCGCUGGUUCAUGCCAUAUAUCGUUGAGAAAUAUUUUGGUCAUCUUUAAAAUUCAACAUUCUGCCCGGCACAGAACAUACAAAUACAAUUCAUGGUUGAACUAAUAUAUAUAGUUCAACCAUGAUAGUAUGAUACAAUGGUAAAUGGUUCUAUGCCUUCCGUUAUAGCCUCAAAUGCCGCAAACGACUUCAUCGCAGGGCUGAUCCGAAUAAUGUUGUCUUCUUCUUAUUAUUUGUAAAUAGUGUCAUUUUUUUCGUACCUUCGCAGCUGAGAAAGAUUAGGGUACAAAAUAGUCCGUUAGAAUCUCUUUGCUUCAGGUGUCUGUGUCGUCAAAUAAGCAUCUUUUGUUUUUUAGGCUCACAUCUGUGCCGGCCGGCAUCCUGUACUUACUCCAUAAGAAGCCCACAAUCACCAUGAUUAAAAUUGUAUUUGUUC